AUGCAUCCCCUCGACCCUUUGACCCCAGCCGAGAUAACGGCAACAGCCAAACUAAUCCAAUCCGUCAAUCCCAAGCACUCGGCCCAUUUUAAAAACAUCUCCUUAUUCGAGCCGGCCAAGCGUGAAUUGCGCAAAUAUCUCGCCGCAGAACGCAACAAUGCCCCUCCUGUCCGAGCUCUGACGCGUCGUGCAUCGUCGCUAUACUACCACCGCGGAACGACAGAUCUCUUCCUCGGUGUUGUGAAUCUGACAGCCUCUGAAGUUGAGAAGAUUGAGAAAUUGGAGGAAGGGUAUCAUGGCCAGGCGGAUACGGAUGAAGCCCUCGAAGUGAGGAGAAAGUGUUUGAGUAAUCCGAAGGUGGUGGAGAGGAUCAAGCAGUAUGGAAUAUUGGAUGAGUUGGAGGUUGUGUGUGAUACGUGGCCGUAUGGUAGGGAUACGGAUGAUUUCACUAGACGAAUGACUCAGUGCUACCUCUACGCAAAAUACAAGUCGCAUCCCGGCUCAAAUGCGUAUGAUAAUCCGCUCCCUUUCUCGCCUAUCAUUGACUAUGUGACCAAAGAAGUAGUCGAUAUUAUCGACCUGCCACUCGGCGACGAUCAUGGUGUGACGCCGGAUGUGAAAUAUGAGCGCCAUGAGCCGCGUGAAUGGCAUCAUGAUUUACAUUCGCAACCGAAACGGACGGACCUGAAGCCACUGACUGUACAUCAGCCGCAAGGUGCUUCGUUCCACGUCGAUGGACAUUUGGUGACGUGGCAGAAAUGGAGGUUCAGACUCGGCUUCAAUUGGCGCGAGGGCAUGGUUCUGCAUGAUGUCACGUAUGAUGGCCGUGAGCUUUUCCAUCGUCUUAGUCUGAGUGAAAUGUUUGUGCCGUAUGGAGAUCCCAGAACGCCGUAUUCACGGAAGAGUGUGUUUGAUGUUGGUGAUAUUGGGGCUGGUGUAGCAGCAAACAAUCUUGCAUUGGGCUGCGAUUGUUUAGGGUUGAUAAAGUAUUUCUCCUUUACGAUCAGCGACUCCAACGGCAACCCCGUCCCCAAACCCAACGCAGUCUGCAUGCACGAAAUCGACGACGGAAUAGGCUGGAAACACACCGACAGCGCCACAAAGCAAGUCUCCAUCGUCCGGUCCCGGGUUUUGGUCUUGCAGACCAUCAUCACAGUCGGCAACUACGAGUACAUCUUCAUGUGGCACUUUGAUCAAGCCGCGGCGCUGCAUUACCGUAUCCAAGCAACGGGUAUUCUAUCUACUGUACCCAUUACUCCUGGAGUAACAGUGCCGUGGGGCACAAAUGUGAAUGAAGGCGUAAUGGCGCCUUAUCACCAGCACGUUUUUGCGCUGCGUAUUGAUCCGGCGUUGGACGGCGAUAGGAAUAGUUUCGUUGAAGAAGAUUCUAUCGCCAUGCCGUUUGAUGCGUAUAACCCGGCUGGUGUGGGUUACAUCACUAAGCAGAAAGUCUUCACGACAUCGGGUUAUUCAGAAGCGCUGCUGAACAGAGUACACAAGAUCAUUAAUCCGUCCAUUAUCAACAAAGUGUCUGGCAAACCCGUGGCUUAUACGGUGCACAGCGCCCAGAAGCAAAUGCUUCUCGCCCACCCACAGUCCUGGCACGGCCGACGCGCGGAAUAUGCUUUGCAGCCGUAUUGGGUUACUUCGUACAAAGACGGCGAAUUGUACGCCGCCGGUGACUAUACCUACCAAUCCCUGCCGACUGACGUGCUGCUGCACGGCGGCAGCUCUCCCCCACAGAGGGGAGGAGACGUAGCCACAUGGGCUGCCCGGAACGACAAGGUCGAUAACGAGGAUAUUGUCGUUUGGCACUCCAUCAGUUUAACGCAUAACCCGCGUCCCGAGGAUUAUCCCGUGAUGCCCUGCGAGACGAUGACAGUGAGUCUAAAGCCGAGUGGGUUUUUUGAGUAUAAUCCUGCACUGGAUGUGCCGCAGAGUACGCAGAGGACGAAUCAGAGUGUUUUGUAUGAGGAAGAGGCACCGGACGCCGCGGCGAAGAAGAUGGAUGCUUGUUGUCAGCCUAAGCUUUGA